AUGGUCCAGCGCCAUAGCCCGAGAGAAUGCCUAAGCUCGCCAUUGGCCGAAGAACUACCCACGAAAUGUCAACAGUUGCGGAAAGGUUUCAGCGAGUGCAAACGCGGGAUGAUUGAUAUGCGCAAACGAUUCCGUGGAAACCAACCGAUCGCGCUGUCCAAAGAAAUCGAAGGCGGGAAAUCCAACAAGCCCCAGCAGUUAUACGCCGGUAAGCCGGCGUUCGAGACGGUCAAAGAAGUCAGUGGGGAUGAAGUCCAGAUGGACCCGGAGAAGACGAGGGGUUUAUAA